CAGAGCGGGGGCCGCGCGGAGCGGGAAGGAGCGCGGGGAGAGGUAGGGCCCGGCUAGCCCAAGGGCGCCCUCGCCUCGGGCCCGCGACAGAGGCCAAGAAGUUUGGUUGCUAGGGGCCCAGCGCCCCGGGGUCGCGGGGGCCGCAGUGAGGGCGACCGGGAGAGCAGAACCAUGGGGGCGAGCGCGGAGGCGACGAGGCGCGCAGCUAGCUCCUGGAGCGGCACGGCCGCCGCGGCGCAAAGUUAGCCCGGCGCCCCGGGACGAGCGCCGCAGCCUGGGCCAUGGGCGAGCACCCCAGCCCCGGCCCCGCAGUGGCCGCCUGCGCCGAGGCGGAACGCAUCGAGGAGCUGGAACCCGAGGCUGAAGAGCGACUGCCCGCCGCGCCAGAAGACCACUGGAAAGUCCUGUUUGAAAAGUUUGACCCUGGGAGCACCGGCUACAUCAGCACAGGAAAAUUCCGGAGCCUCCUGGAGAGCCACAGCUCUAAGCUGGACCCACACAAAAAGGAGGUGCUCCUGGCUCUGGCGGACAGCCACGCAGAUGGACAGAUCUGCUACCAGGACUUUGUCAACCUGAUGAGCAACAAACGUUCCAACAGCUUCCGCCAGGCCAUCCUUCAGGGAAACCGCAGGCUGAGCAGCAAGGCCCUGCUGGAGGAGAAGGGGCUGAGCCUCUCACAGCGGCUCAUCCGCCACGUGGCCUACGAGACUCUGCCCCGGGAGAUUGACCGCAAGUGGUACUAUGACAGCUACACCUGCUGCCCUCCGCCCUGGUUCAUGAUCACAAUCACGCUGCUGGAGGUUGCCCUUUUCCUGUACAACGGGGUCCUACUGGAUCAGUUUGUGCUGCAGGUGACACAUCCUCGGUACCUGAAGAACUCUCUGGUUUACCACCCGCAGCUCCGCGCGCAGGCUUGGCGCUACGUGACGUACAUCUUCAUGCAUGCAGGGGUGGAACAACUGGGACUCAAUGUGGCGCUGCAGCUGCUGGUAGGAGUACCCCUGGAGAUGGUGCAUGGAGCCACCCGGAUUGGGCUUGUCUACGUGGCCGGUGUUGUGGCAGGCUCCUUGGCGGUGUCUGUGGCUGACAUGACUGCACCUGUUGUGGGCUCUUCCGGAGGGGUGUAUGCGCUCGUCUCUGCCCACCUAGCCAACAUUGUCAUGAACUGGUCAGGCAUGAAGUGCCAGUUCAAGCUGCUGCGGAUGGCUGUGGCCUUGAUCUGUAUGAGUAUGGAGUUCGGGAGAGCCGUGUGGCUCCGUUUCCACCCAUCGGCUUAUCCCCCGUGCCCCCACCCAAGCUUUGUGGCACACUUGGGCGGCGUGGCUGUGGGCAUCACCCUAGGCGUGGUGGUCCUCAGAAACUAUGAGCAAAGGCUGCAGGACCAGUCGCUGUGGUGGAUCUUCGUGACCAUGUACACCAUCUUCGUGCUCUUCGCUAUCUUCUGGAACAUCUUUGCCUACACACUGCUGGACCUGAAGCUGCCACCACCCCCCUAAGGGACCAGAGGAUCAAGGCAGGGAGAGAAGCAGAAGCAUCCAGAGGAAGUACCCACAUCUGCUUCUCAUCUCCAAUUCCGUGAGAGCAGGGAGAACUGGAGACUCUUGGAGCUGGGGAGUGUGCGUUGAUUUAGACGGAUGGCGGGCAGAUGGAUGUGGCUGCUGUCUUUUUCCUAGGCUGGUCUGACGAUAUAGGAUCGGGGUAAGGUCUGAGGCAGGGUGAGGGGGGCUGUCCCUGUGGCUUGGGUCUGUCCCAUGUGCUCCCCUGUCACUGCCACAGAGUGAGCAAAUAGCUCUCUUCCCUAGUCUCCACCUGGAGAGACACUGAGACACAGAGAAGUUCUGAGGCUAGCACAGCCAGGCUUUCCCCAGCGUAGGGGUGACUGUAGGCUUGGCCAUGUUCUCUCUGCAGCUCAAGGUCUGGUGCUCUGGCAAUGGAUAUGAUGACUUUGAUCUGGGGGAACCCAGAGCGCCCCAGGCUUGGGUCCCAUCAGUGGGUGCUGAGGCAUUGCCCCUAGGGCUGGGCAGGGAGAUGCUAUAAGCUCCAGGCCUCAUUCUUGCCCUAGGGGACGACCCUGUGCCUGGGGCAAUGAACUUCAUCCCAGUUUCCCCCAGGAAAGCCCCAGGACCAGUCUUCCCCUUCCUGCCUGUAGUCAUGAGUCAGCGUCUCACGCCCUAACUGGACUGCGGGGUCUUUUCUUUCCUUUUUACUGCCCUGACCCUACUCUGUGCCUCUCUCUUUGGGUGUGGAGACACAGUUUUGUGGUGGGUGUGUGUGUGCGCGCUCGUGCGGUGAUGUCAGGCAAAUCAGAAGCUGCAGAGGGAGGAAGUAGGGACAGUGUACACGUGGGGAUAUCUACAGGGGAUUUCUGGAAUGGGUAGCAGCAGAGUGCUCUGGAGUGCUUUCUCACACCAUGCACCACCCCCCUUUUCCCAUCUGGCUCUCCCAAACACCUGCUGAGCGCCAUUGACCAGUGGAAAAAUUGUCUGAGCUAGAAAGAAGACCAAAGCCUACAUUUGGGAGGAAACUCAGCUAUGUUCUUCUGGGUCCCUUGGGGUAGCUUUCAUGUCUAUAUUGCCUCCUGCAGAAGAAAGUAUUUGGAAUGAAGGCCCAGGACAAUGAUACUGUGGCCAUAUCUCCAUGUGAAUUGAUGGGACCAGAAGCUGUAGUAAAAGAUAUUUUGGUGAAAACCUUAGCCUCAGAGAAGAGGUGGGGGAGCUUGGGUGAGUGAGUGGCCAGAGUGAGAGCCACUGCAGACUAGGCUGUUCCAUCUAGAGGGGACUUGGAAGUAAUCCUACAGGGAAAGUGAGAUUGGGGGAGUCGCCUUGUGCUGCCCCGUAUCCCAACAGCUAGGGGUGCCAGGUCUGGUGUUUGGCAAGGUAACUGGAGGCUUAGAGCCCAGUGCCUCUGCUCCUCUGAGACAGUCUGCUCAAUCUGGCACUAGGGGCUUCUGGGAUCCCUAAGUGGAGGCCAUGAAGCAGAUGACCUUUAUGUUGCCGUUGGGAUUCUCAGCCCCUAUGAGCCCAGGAUGAGGAACCACAGGUCUGACACAUGAGGAGCAGGGUAGGAGGAUGGCAACUGCUCCUGGUUCUCUCACCAUUUCAGCAACACUUCGCAGCUGGUCUCCAUCUCCCGAGUCCCUCAGCCCUUCCUCUCCAGUGUGGCCACCAAUCCACUGUGGCUGGGAUUCACUCUUCAUGCUGAUGGCUGUAGGUUGGCCUCAAAGGCUGGGGAAAUCCCCAAACAGUAGCUCUGUAGGCUAGCUUGCUUUUAAAGGAGAGAGGAGUCAUGGAAACCAGAGAAGGAAAACAGGCCUUCAAAAGAGAGAAAUUUCUCUUUAAUGACAUCAUUCAUCACUUGAUUUUUUUAAUUAGGAGAAGCUCCCUAAUGGGGGCUCUUUUGGCUCUCCAUUUCCAAGCGAACCAUUCUUGCCUAGAGCAUUAGUGGAGGCAUCGCUCACUGAACCCAGAUCUUCCUCUAGUGUCCAAUUCAGUUUGCAGAUAAUGAGGAUUACCCAGUGCUGUGUGCUUCCCAGGGCUCGCUGCAAACUGUUGACUCUCCUCUGCCUUAAAAACAGUGCCCGUCCGUGAGCUGCCCCUCCCAGGACUAAGUGAAGAACGAAACACUAGCCGCAACGCUGGUUUCUAAAUAUUUUUGUAUUGUGUACAUUCUGUAUAUUUUUGUUGUAACGUAUUAUUUGAGAGCAGAUUCCAUUAAAGAUUUUUUUUUUA